UUAUCAUCGCCAUUGUUGUCCCAAUUGCUGGCCGGUUCUGUCGUGCUUUUCUCCAUUGGCUGUUUCUUCCUGCGUAGAAGAACAAAGAAGACUUACAAUACAUUCCUAGCAGAAAAUGUUGGGGUUGAAAUUACAUGUGUAGAGUCCCUGCAAUUUGACUUGGGUACAAUUGAAGCUGCCACAAACAACUUCUCUGAUGAUAACAAGAUUGGAAAAGGAGGAUUUGGUACGGUUUACAAGGGAACCCUUUACAAUGGACAAGAAAUAGCAGUGAAGAGGCUAUCCAAAAGCUCUGGGCAGGGUGCAGAAGAAUUUAAGAAUGAGGUUAUGUUGGUUGCGAAGCUUCAACAUAAGAAUCUAGUAAGGCUCUUAGGAUUUUGCUUGGAAGGACACGAAAAGAUACUCGUUUAUGAAUAUGUGCCCAACAGCAGCCUUGAUUACAUUUUAUUCGGUUUGGCCAAUCCAAACUUAUAUCUACUUCUUUAUUAAUUUUUCAUUUUGGGU